GUUGGGGACGGAAGUGCGGUUCGCGUGACGUCACCUGCAGGUUCCCGUGUGGAGAGGCAGCAGCGCUUCUCAUGUUGCGUUGUUAUUUUGUUUGAUCAUUAAGUCUGAUUCAAUCUGAUCAUUUACUGCUUCAGACGAACAUUUGAUAGUUGUUCUCGUUUAAUUAACGGCUGAUCGAAGAACGGCGAACGCUGGACUGACGCGAUGACGUCACCGGGCGCUCAGGGGGGCGGGGCUCUGGCCACGAGGGGCGGAGCCACUGGAAAGAGGAUGAAGUGGGCGCUGGAGCUGAGCCUCGGCAACAGCAGCAGGAAUCGCGGCGACAGGCAGAGUAAGGAUGGAGACGUCAUGUAUCCGGUGGGAUACUCGGAUAAACCCGUCCCGGACACCAGCGUACAGGAGGCUGACCGCAACCUGGUGGAGAAGAGGUGCUGGGACGUGGCGUUGGGUCCGCUGAAGCAGAUUCCCAUGAACCUCUUCAUCAUGUACAUGUCUGGAAACACCAUCUCCAUCUUCCCCAUCAUGAUGGUGUGUAUGAUGGCCUGGAGACCCAUCCAGGCACUCAUGUCCAUGUCAGCCACGUUUAAGCUGUUGGAGAGCUCCAGUCAGCAGUGGCUCCAGGGUCUGGUGUAUCUCAUCGGGAAUCUGCUGGGAUCCGCACUGGCCGUCUACAAGUGUCAAUCAAUGGGACUCCUCCCGACGCACUCGUCUGAUUGGCUGGCGUUCAUAGAGCCACCUCAGAGACUGGAGAUCAUGGGCGGAGGGAUGGUCAUGUGACACACACACACACACACACGCACGCGGUGUAUUUACCGUGAACAUUUUAACCUGAUUAAUUAAGUUAUACUGAUGGUUUGUGUUAAUGCUGAUCGUUUGUGUUUUGAUCUGUUUUGUGAUUUGCUUAAAAUUAAUAAAGUUUGUUUAACAUUU